UCAUUUGUGAAGCAAACAAAGGGGGAGAAGGAAAAGGGAAAUAAGAAUGGCGAAAUUCUGGUUCCUCUUGUUCUUUUCCGUCGCGGUUGGCUUCUUUGUGAUGGGCUCGACGGCUCACGACGAGCAUAUCGUCGGCGGUCGCGACGGGUGGACAAUCCCCCCGAACGCAACCUUCUAUCAGGACUGGGCUAAGACGCAGAACUUCAAAGUAGGGGAUAGAUUGGUAUUCCCGUAUACGAUCGAAAUGUACACCGUAGUGGAGGCAUCGAAGGAGGACUUCGACAACUGCACGCAGAGAGACAUCAAGGCCAGAUACUAUGCUCCGCCUACCGUCCUCGAGCUGCUCGAGCCCGGUCCGCAUUACUACUACUGCGGGGUCGGGUUGCACUGCGAGGCCGGCCAGAAGCUCAGCAUCGUCGUCUGCGACCGCCCCAACCGCCGCCGUGUGUGAGCCUACACUACAAGAUUCCAAUGUACUGGAUGAUAGUCCAUUUGUGAAAGGGUUUAGCCAAACAAGUCCCCAGUCAUUUCUAACCCUUGUGUUUCUCCUUUUUGGAAUUCGGAGAUCACGAAAACAAUGUAUAUUCUGACGAGCAUGAAAUACGUUACAUCACAGCAAAACUGGAGAAAAAACUUGCGUGUAUGUAAACUUGCAACAGCUGUAUCUGAUGUACUGCAUUCAGUAUCAAAAGAACCCUGCAACAAUCACUGGUAUGGCGGUGCUGAAUCUUUUCGAAUAAUUUUCUCAUCAAAAGAAGGAAAAAAAAAAAAAAAACAUCAGAAUCGAAUCAAUUUCGAAGAAUCUAAAGAAAUCUGAAGAGCUGAAUUGUUCCAAACAUCAAAUUUCCAUUACAAUAGUUAAAAUACAGAAAUGUUUAACUUCUUUGUAAAGAGCUUGCAGAGAACAAUCUGGCUGGAAA